GUUCACAGUACAUUUGGAUAAGGGUCUGCAGGAGACAUGGCUUGCCUGCGCUCUGUGCCAAAAAGGAGGAAUUAUACCGGAUCCAUCUGCUCUUUGUCGUUAUUUCUCAUUUUUAUCAUCGGAUGCCUCCAGAAUGCUCAUAUUGCAUCUGCAACCCUUCAUCGUGGUCCUCGUGUAAACAAUAAACCUGCACUUCUGCUGGAAUCACUGCGGUUACCUCACAACACAGAAUAUGAUGUUGUUGCCCCAUAUGAGGUGGACCAUCAAGGUCGUUACAUCUCCCAUGUUGUGGCCCACCACCACCGCAGGAAGCGCUCUACGGAUGGCCAAGUUCACGACCUUAGCUCGAGUGUCCACUUCAGACUCCAUGGAUUAGGGCAAGAUUUCCACCUGGACCUGCAGCCAUCACGUGACCUGAUCGCACCCAGCUUUACAGUUCAGACCCUGGACAGGAGUGGCACCAAGAGCUUGCAUCCUUUUCCUAGUGAUGACCUAUGCUUCUACCAUGGGGUACUGAGGUCAAAGGUCAACUCAUCCGUGGCCCUGUCGACAUGUGCGGGAUUGUCAGGUUUGAUCAGAACUCAAGAUGCAGAUUAUUUCCUGAAGCCACUGCACCCACAUCAGGCACUGCUAGAGAACUUCUUAGCACCAUCUGACCACCAUCCUCACAUCCUAUACAAGAGAUCUGCACUUCCAGAGACAGAUGUGCAGAUGCAUAGAAGGAGAAACAGAAGACGAGAUGAAGGAACCACAAACAAACAGAUGCAUCCACAGGAGUAUAAGCAUAUGCUACAAAGUCAUGAUGAAUACAACUACGUCACACAGCAGAGACAGCACUUCUGUGGACGACGGAAGAAAUAUAUGCCUAAACCACCUGAGGAAGAUAUCUAUAUUUUUCCAGAUGAAUACAAGUUUAUGCCCAGAGGGAAACGUGCAAUCAUGUACAAAAAACCUCAGCCACACCAGAAGCUGAAUGUGGAGACGUUGGUGGUGGUCGACCGCAAGAUGAUGGAGAAUCAUGGUCACAAGAAUAUAACCACAUAUGUCCUUACUGUUCUUAACAUGGUCUCAACUCUUUUCAAAGAUGGAACAAUUGGAGGUGACAUCAAUGUUGUAAUUGUUGGACUAAUACUGUUGGAUGAAGACCAGGAUGGUCUGGCGAUUAACCACCAUGCUGACCACACUCUGAACAGUUUCUGUCAGUGGCAGUCAGGUUUGGCAGGGAGAGAAGGUCGUCGUCAUGAUCAUGCUAUUCUUCUCACUGGUCUGGAUAUCUGCUCCUGGAAGAAUGAACCAUGCGACACUUUAGGUUUUGCUCCUAUCAGUGGAAUGUGUAGUAAGUACCGGAGUUGCACUAUCAAUGAAGACACGGGUCUUGGUCUGGCCUUUACCAUCGCUCAUGAAUCUGGACACAACUUUGGAAUGGUCCAUGAUGGGGAAGGCAAUGUGUGUAAGAAGUCAGUAGGAAACAUCAUGUCUCCCACCUUGGCCGGACACAAUGGUUUAUUCUCCUGGUCCUCCUGUAGCCGACAGUAUCUAAACAAAUUUCUAAGUACCGCCCAGGCCACCUGUCUCUCUGAUGAGCCCAGCGCCAUACAGGAGUACAAAUACCCUGAGAAACUUCCCGGCGAGCUGUAUGAUGCUGACACCCAGUGCAAGUGGCAGUUUGGAGAGAAAGCCAAACUAUGCACUCUGGAUUUCAAGAAGGACAUCUGCAAAGCCCUAUGGUGCCACCGGAUUGGGAGGAAAUGUGAGACCAAGUUCAUGCCGGCUGCCGAGGGUUCCGCCUGUGGUCCAGAGAUGUGGUGUCGUCGGGGUCAGUGCGUAAAGCAAGGUGAUGAAGGUCCAAAGUCGGUGCACGGUCAGUGGUCAUCCUGGUCCGGGUGGUCCAGCUGCUCUAGAAGCUGUGAGAGUGGAGUGACCUACAGAGAGAGACACUGCAACAACCCAAGGCCAAUGUAUAGUGGAAGGUUUUGUGAGGGCUCAUCUCGAUCUUAUAAACUGUGCAACACUGAUGACUGUCCUCGCGACACUUUAGACUUCAGGGCUGUCCAGUGUGCUGAGUUCAACAGCAAGCCCUUCCGUGGAUGGUACUACAAGUGGAGACCGUACACUGGAGUAGAUGAUCAGGACGUGUGUAAGCUCUACUGCUUUGCUGAAGGAUAUGACUUCUUCUUUGCCCUCUCCAGUAAAGUCAGGGAUGGAACACUCUGUACACAGGACAGCCCUAAUGUCUGCAUUGAUGGCACUUGUGAGAGGGUGGGCUGUGACAGGGUGCUGGGAUCCACUGCUGUGCCGGAUAUGUGUGGUGUCUGCAAAGGCGAUAACUCCACCUGCAAGAUCUACAAAGGACAAUACACCAAACAACAUUUUAUGAGCCAGUAUUAUCGGGUGGUCACCAUUCCAGCUGGAGCACGAAGUAUCCGUGUGGUGGAGCUCAACUCUUCCAGUUCCUACCUGGCCUUGAGGAAUCUGCAGAGGAAGUACUUUCUUAAUGGGCACUGGACAGUGGAUUGGCCUGGGCGACACUCCAUCGCUGGUGCUGUGUUUGACUACAAAAGGCCCUACAAUCAUCCAGAGAGUCUCAUCUCCACUGGACCCACCAAUGACACUCUUGUGGUUGAGGUUCUUCUGCAGGGCUGGAACCCAGGCAUUCAGUGGGAGUACACACUGGCCAAGGAAGAUACAGACAGGCGGAUCCAACCAAAACACAACUACACCUGGGCCAUCAUUCGAUCACAGUGCUCAGCCACCUGUGCAGGAGGUCAGAUGGUCACUAAAUCAGCAUGCUACAAGGAUUUAAGAGUUCAGGUGAACACGUCUUACUGUAUCUCACGCUCUCGGCCCUCUACCGGUGUGGUGUCCUGCAAUACACAACCCUGCCCCCCAAGCUGGAAUGUGGGGGACUGGGGUGUGUGCAGUCGCAGCUGUGGAUCUGGAGAGCAGACUAGACAGGUACAGUGUCUCCAGAAAACAGGCCCUGAUCAGAUAGACACUGUGACCGUCAGCCAGUGUGUAAAACCAACUCCAUCUCGCAGACAAACCUGCAACACUCACACCUGCCCUCCGGUCUGGACUGCUGGACACUGGUCUCAGUGUUCUCGUAAAUGUGGGAAGGGUGUAAUGAAGAGGACCGUGGCGUGUGUCAGCAGUAACUCAGGUUCUCAUUCCCAUGUGCUGCCAGACACUUCCUGUGCUUCUCUACCUAAACCCGUCAGCCAAGAAACUUGCAUGAUUAAACGCUGCCACAAACAGCGCAAGGGCCAGUGGUUCGUCUCCACCUGGCAACCGUGUUCAGUCUCCUGUGGUAAAGGGGUUCAGGUCCGUGUUGUGAAGUGUGCAGAAAAGGAUGUUGCAGGAAAAUACAGAGAGUUAUCACACAAAAAGUGUCAGCAUGUUCCUAAACCGUCCCUGGAGCUCCAGAGGGCCUGUGUUCUGCCAGACUGUCCUAUCCACCCUCCUCACAGCAGACCAAACUGGUACUCGUCUCCAUGGUCCCAGUGUACAGUGUCGUGUGGAGGGGGAGUUCAGGUGCGCUCAGUGCAGUGUCUCGUUCAUGGUCGUCCUUCCUCUGGGUGUGUCUUACAGCUGAAGCCGGCAAUGUCCCAGGCCUGCAACACUGCCUUCUGCUCCCAGCCAGAGAAGAAAGAUGUGAUCUGUAAAGAUCAUUAUAACUGGUGUUAUCUGGUGCCACAGCAUGGAGUAUGCAACCACAAGUUUUAUGGGAAGCAAUGCUGCCAGUCCUGCUCUCAUACAAACCCGUGAGAGUUUUCUACUCGAUGCUUUUCAUUUAACUUCUGAGGAUGAAGCCUUCAAAGGCCAGAGUGAUGCUCAACCUGAUAUUGCAUUGAACAUGUUCAUGUACUGAACACAAAGACAUCAUUAUGGACUUGAAUUAGCUUGUUUUCUGGGACUUCACUGGAGAAGGGCACUUCAUGCAGAGACAGGAAAGACUCAAUGCAUAGACUGCAAUUGUGUCUCUCUCCAGCAGGAAAUUACUUCAUCGAACAUACCAUGAUACCAUGUCUAUUGGGGCGCAAGGACUUCCUUCAUUUCCUUUGAGUUUCAAUGAGCUUCAAAUGCACAUGAGGCAGAAAUAUCUUGUGAAAUACUCCUGGUGUCUUGGUGCUAGCUGAAUAUAGACUUUUUAAUCGGUGUGGCUAAUUGUGCUCCAUAUGGAUAUUUGUUAUGUAUUAAUACAAACUCAACAUUGUGAAGAGGUUUUUCAUGAACAUGCCUCAUAAUCUCAUGUUAAACCAAGUAAACAGGCUUUUAAAGAGUCAAAGUGGCAGCCAAUUAUGUUGUGAGCCUACAUUAAUUUUUGGUGCUAUAUGUAGAUUUUAAAGGGAAAGUUCAUCCAAAAAUGAAAAUUCUGUCAUCAGUUACCCACCCUCAUGCCGUUCCAAAUGAGAAUCAAUGACAUUUAGCAUGCUUGACAUCAAACUUGGCAUCACACAUCUUGAAUGAUAAACUAGUUGCACCAGGAUAGAAGAUGUUCAGUGAAUAACAACUUAAAUUUCAGUAUUUUCCUCAUAAAAAGCAGUCCUGUGUCUUCAGAAGACUUGGAUAAUAGCACACAAGAUGCAAUGAGUAAUUUUAUGUUGCUGAGCUUGACAGCCCCUGCUCACUAUUUACUUUCAUUGUAUGGAAAAGAGCAGUUUCAACAUUCUGCAAAAUGUUCCACAGAAGAAAGAAAGUCAUAGAUGUUUGUAGUGACAUGAGGGUGAGUAAAUGAUGACAGAAUUUUCAUUUUCGGGUAAAGUAUUCUUUCAAUGGUAGCCAAACAGAUGCAUAACAGGGGUUUUUAAUUAACGUGAAAUUGAAUCAGUGCCCUUGUAUGAUUUAUAUUAAUUCUCUUAUUUAUUAGCAAUACAUGCAAUGUAUCAGAAUGAUAGUCUGGCUUUAAUAUUAUUGUCAGUCUGUGUUUAUAACCUCGGGUAUAGUUGCACGAUUUGUUAUUUUUGUUUUCUUUUGCAUUAUCUAUUCAUGCUUUUAUAAUUCUGUUUUUGGGUUUAAUUAUUUUGGAGGAAAACAAAAUGCCAAUCUAACCAAUAGCCAUGUGUUUACUGAAUUGUAAAAAGUGUCACAUUUAACAAACUCAGCUUUUUCGUGGGAUUUUUGUCAGUGUUUUUAGCAACUGUCACUGCACGACUGCCAAAUCUUCAGUCUGAUUGACAGACAGUUCUCCACAUGAAAGACUCUGGCACACUUGCAUAUGGAUUUUAAAGAGAGCUGAAUAGCACAAAUUAGUUCCAUCAUUUACAGUAUGCAUUUGUUGUCAAACAGCGAUAG